GGGAUUGGCUUUACUGCGGGCUGGGUGUUCCUGGCUUGGUCCGGCUUGCUCGAAGUCGGAGCUGAGCUGGCGCUCUGGGGCCCGCCGCUCGCCGGUUGCGUCCACAUCGACUGCCGGGUGCACUCAUUGUAUAUCACACUCGGUGAGUCCAGAAAGACCUUGGCGUUGCCCACCGUGCUGGGCUUCUACCGGGCCGUGUUUCAAAUCAAGAGCAGGUGGAGGAAGCGGAACGAGUAGGAGAUUACCAACGGCCCAGUAAUGAGGCCCAUCUUCGGAGCCCUGUCCGGCCUGGUCAGCCGGGAUGAACCGGACAACGGUAAUAAUCAAGCCCACGACAGGCCCUGGACCGUCCGGGCAGGGAGCCUGUCUCUUCUUGUGACAUGCAAGAUCCUUUUCAAACCGUCACUGAUAAGGACGAACGGACACUCCUCGAGGAUGAGACGUCAAUUUACGCCAAACCGAUGCAGGGAACGAGACCCCUGACCUCCGAAGGCACUCUGACCAUAAAGGCAGCAGGAAGCAAAAUGAGAAUGGACGAUUGGCGACUGGAGAAGCAUCUCGGUCCGGCCCCGAAGGUCCUCUGGGAACAAUACAACCCCGACAGCGACCCCACCCGCACCGGUCACCGAACCACCGGAGACCUCCUGGAUGGCAGCAAGAGUGGCAAUCUCCGGCUCAUGACCGGAUUCGUCCUGCGGGCGCCCAAGCCCCGGAUGUCCGCGGACAAUUCCGCGAAAGUCUUGUAUUCAGACGCCCCGAGCGGGCUGAAGAAGAAGUAUUUCCCGGAGACAACGGAAUCGUCGGACGACUGGCUGCCGGGCGUCCGCAAGGAGGGCUCCGCACAGUGGGUGGAUGUCCAUAACACCUGGGGGGGGGGCGACAGGAUCACGGCACAGGAGCCUGCGAUUGCAGAUGCAGAGCUCGAGCCUUCAUCUGCGGUGACUGAAACGACCAGGGAAUUAUCCCUUACCGCAGAGGCUACGUCCCACACCCAGAACAGCUGGCAGGAAGAGACAGAGCCCAUCGCGGUGCAACUCGUGGCCAAGUGGGAGGAGUUGAUGCACUGGGGGCGCGGGGCUUUAUCGAGGUGUGCUACGAUGUCGGCGCAGAGGAAUGAGCGGUUCAUGCAUUUGUUUGCGGAUGCCCCUUCGAUUUCAGUUGGAGGUCUCUCUGACGGUGAAUUGCGGGAUUCUUCUUCGAAGUCGAGUUGAACCAUUGGGCUAAUAUGAGUGGCGUUGUCUAUUGAGGGUUUCCUCGCGAGAGAUGCAGAGCACAAUGCCAGUAUCUUGGAGGAUAUUGACAAGAGAGCAGAGUUAGAAUUGAUGAUGCUGGAU